UAAAUGCAGCUGUUACUUAAAGUUUGAUAAAUUUUAUAAUCAUUAUGAUUUUGUCUUGUUUGAAAUAAAGAAGAAACAUAGAGUAUUCAGAAAACUACCACAAACUGGAUACCUAAAAUAUUGACAUCAAAUAAUCUAGAUUUUUGUCUAUCUGGAUAAAAUUUUAGAAAUUAACUAAAAGUCAAUAUGAUUAGAUUAAAUAUUUUGCAAAGAAACUUCAAUAAUCUUCAGUCUCUGAAAACAUUUUCAACGUCAGCUAGAAGAUCUGCAACUAAGAAAGGAAUUGUUGUGGGCGUUUAUGAAAAUGGAGAACUUACCAGUGCAGCAUCAAGAAUCAACAUUGAAUCUCAGGGAAAAGUUAUGGACAUUUUGAAAGUAUCAGACGUGCGCCUGGGCAUGACCAAUCUGGCGCACAACCUGGUGCCCGGCUACGACGUGGUGUCGCUGGUGGGCGCCGGCGCCAAGGGGGCCACAAUGGACGCCAACGAGACGCUCGACCGCCACAACGAGAACAUCCGCAUUGCGGCCGGUCGCGCGGCCAAGCAGCUGCUCGACGAAGGGGUCGCCCACAUCGAGGUGGACCCCUUCACCAACGCUGAGGCGGCCGCCGAGGGCGCCAUUUUGUCCGUUUGGAACUUUGACUAUCUCAAGUCGGACGAAAACAAAAAGCCGGAGCCGAAUGUGGUCUGCAGUGAGAAGAAUGAGGAAGACGUCUGGGAGAAAGGAAGGAUCAAAGCCGAAGCACAAAACUUUGCCAGAGUGUUGACGCAGUGUCCUUCCAAUCUGAUGACACCGACCCAUUUUGUUGAGUGUGUGAUCGACAAACUGUGCCCAUGCGGAGUGCAGGUGGAGGCCAGAGACCGCAAAUGGAUGAAGGAGCAGAACAUGGAGGCUUUCCUUGCUAUGGCCACUGGGUCCACGGAGGCGCCGCUCAUGCUGGAGGUGGCCUACUGCGGCGGCAACCCCGAUGCCAAGCCCGUUAUACUGACAGGCAAAGGAGUGACAUUUGACGGCCACGGCGUGUGCCACGACAGACAGUGCGACCCCGAGUUCAGUGCCGACAUGGCCGGCGCGGCCGUAGUUGUCGCCACCAUCAAAGCAAUCUGCGAGCUCAAAGUGCCAGUCAACGUCAACGCAAUAAUUCCAUUAUGCGAGAACAUGCCUGGUGGCAACGCGGUGGCUCCUGGUGAUGUAUUCACUGCCCUCAACGGAACCACCAUCAGAAUUGAUGACACCGACCAUGAUGGCCGCAUAUUCCUCGUUGAUGCCCUCUGCUAUGCUGCCAGAUACAAGCCCUGUCUUACUAUCAACGUGUCAACUUUGCAUGAUUCGAUGAGAAUAGCGCUUGGAACAGGAGCAACUGGGGUGUUCACCCUGGCUGACCACAUUUGGAAAGACAUGAGCGAGGCUGGUGCCAAAUCUGGAGACCGACUUUGGAGACUGCCCUUGUGGGAUCAUUAUCGAAUGAAAAUUCAAAGCGACGGUGGAGCCGAUGUGACAACAGUUGGCAAAGGACUUGGAGGCCACCCCUGUUCAGCGGCUGCCUUUCUUAAGUUGUUUGCCCCUCCCUCUGAAUUCGCGCACAUGGACAUCAGUGGAACGGGCCGCAAGAGUUCCGGAAUCAACCAUCCCUACCUGCAGAGAAAUCUGAUGACCGGAAGACCUGUGCGCACUCUAGUCGAUUUCUUCUGCAAGUUCGCAACCAACAAAAGUUGAUUCUCGAACAGUAUAUUUUUAUUAAAACUAAUCUUCAGACGUCUUUCAUCUUUAAAUUCUUUGUUUUUGUUUGUGAAGUCAUUAAUUGUACUUUGAUGUCUGUCAACUGUUAUAGGAUUUAAUGGAACUUGUAAAUUCGACGCCAAAUUUUUAAGGGAAGUUAUUAAAAGCGCUUGAAGCAACUGUUAUUUCUAGAAAAUUAUUAAAAUGACUUUUUAAAUUACAAAUU